CCGCACACCAAUCCCUCUACGGCCUCCCAACUUUCAGACACCUCUUGCCGUCCCGCCCUCUCCGGAACUUCUGGGAGCCCUUGGACGCCCGCCCAACUCCCCUGCCCCGUUACAAUCUCUUCUAUUCCUCGACUGCCCGCCCCCUUACCCCGGCCCGAAGACCCCCGCUAUGGCCCGGUCGUACGGCGGCCGGGUGCUGGCCGCGAUGACCCUGCUGGGCAUCCCCGCGGCUGUGCUGGCGGCGCUGGGAGCGCAGCUGCUGUUCCAGCUGCAGGCGGGCCGAGCGGAGUUGCGGGGACUGCGCGCCGACGGGCUCGGCCCCGAGCUGGGUGCCGGCCCCGGGCUGCCCGAGGACGCGGCCGGGGCGCUGCUGCCGCUGGCCGCCGCGCUCGCCGCGCUCGCCCUGGUGUUGGGCCUCACCUGCCUUCUGCUCGCCGCGCUCUGCGGCCACCUGGGCGCCGAGCUGGCGCGGGGGCCCGGCCCCGGCAGGUCUGACUGGUUUCUCUAUGACUGCCGCCUCCUCAGACACGUGGCCCUUGGCCUUUUCUGCUGUGGGGUCUCUGUCUACUUAGCAGCACUGUCCAUCUAUGCCCUGCUGCUCUUUGAGAUCGAGACAGGUGCAGCAGCCGCCUCCAUCUUUGGAGUGGGUGCUCUGGUCUUGGUGGCGGCGCUGACCCACACUCUGCUCCGAGCUGCCCGGGCCACCCACCGCGGCCUCCAUGAACUGUCCCCACCGCACUUUGAAGACGACCCUGUCCACCCUGCUAGAGUCUCCAAGGCCAGCCCCAGGGCUCCGCCCCAGCAGGGUACCCACCACCGGACCCCCUACUCAUCCCUUCCAGAACCUGGGGGCCCCCUUAGACCAACGUUCGCUGCUACGGCACCUGUAGCCAUGGGGGGAGGCCGGGGGACCAGCCUGCCUUUAUCCUACAUGCACCGGACACUGUCGGUUGGCAGGGGACACUGGGAAGGGGUCACCCACGAGAUGCACAGCAUGCUAGGCCACCGGCCAGGGGGCUCAGGGAAGGACUCCACACUGGUGUGAACCCAGGGAUCAGGGAUAGAGACCUGGUGUCAGGCAGCAGGAAGAGGACUCUGUAAAGAUAGGUCCAGGCUCAGCCACAGUAGCAGUAUGACUUGAUUUCUCAGCAUCCCUGGCUUGUGUCCUCAAGGUGGUUUCAUGGCACAAAAUGGCUGCCAGGGCUCCAGGCUUCACCUCCUCUCUCAGAGGGAAAGGCUGAGGCCAGGGGGUGCUCAGAACCUUCUGGAAAUCUUCCUGGGAGGUCUUGGGACCCUCCUGCUUAUACCUCACUGGCGAGAACAGAGUCACAUGGCCACAUCUCCAGGCAGGGGAGGCUGGGAAAAUGUAGCUAUCCAGAUGUUAGAGGCAGGAGGGGAGGGGUCGGGCUUAAACAGUGGGUUCUCUGAAUGUCUCCAUCCGUUUCACAGAUGAGGAAACCGAGGUCCAGAGUGGGCAGUGGACUCACCAGGAGUCCCAUGGCCAGUUCUGAGCGUCAGAGUCAGGAUUCGAACCAGGGUUCUGUAACCUCCAUGCUGCUGACAGUACAAGUCUCAGACUCUGCAACUUCUUCCGGCUGUGAGCAUUUGGAAAUCUGUGUGUGCUGAGCUCAGAGCGGCCCAGGGGCCGCAGGUGCACCUGGAGGGCUGGACCCAGCCUUCUGGCUGUGGCCCCUGGCUGAGGCUUCGCUGCUCUGUGUCUCAGUUUCCUUGUCUAUAAAAUGGGGACAUAAGCAGUUCCCCCCUCCUAGGGCUCCAUUCCAGGUGCCUGUGCACAGUAGUCCUCAGUGGCAUGUCCACCUGUGCUGUCGUCAGUCUGGACCCCUGUGGCAGGAAAAGGUGGUUGAUGGCCACCUUCUGGGGCUCAUGAAACUGCCAAGGCUUAGAGUGGAUAACUCAGAGCCCCAGGGAUCUCCAGAGGCCCUAGCCCCACUCCCAUCCCACACAACCCUCAAAUAAACUCUGACCCUCGCUAUCUCCUUAGUCACUUGAGCCACAUCCAAACAUGCUGUGUGGUCAAGCCCAGGCCCGGGGUAAUGGGUGGGGUGACAGGAAUGGGGUGGGGGGCAAGGGUGUACUUCUUGUGGACCCUAGUCGGGGACCCAUGGAUAUAAAUCUUCAUGCGUAUAAAUUUCACCGGGGGUGGGGAAGCCUGGCCUCCACCCUCACCCCAAAUGGACAGAUGUCCCCGGAAUUCUCCCAGUGCGUCCCUUCCUGGGCUGCACAGGCACUCUGAGGCCCAGGGAGAGGAGACAGCUCAGCCACAAAGUGGCUUAAAGCCCCCCUAGGGCCCUUUCCAAUGGACAAAGAGGUGCCAGCGCUCAGCUGGGGGGGGCUGAUACCCCAAGCCUGACCCUGGCAGGGACCCUGCUGAUCCGAUACACGCAGACCUGAGUGGCCGACCGACUCUGACUUCAGCUGCCUCCUCCCAGAGCUGCCGGGAAGCUGCACAGACCUCCUUUCUGGUGGAGUGGAGGGAAGAGAUGACACACAUGAAUGUCCCACGUGGCACCUGACAUGUGGGGCACCCAGUAAGCAUGGGUUCUUGGGGAGCAUAAGAAAUAUCAGUGAAAAAGAUCAAAUAAAAAUAAAUGUCGGGGCACCUGGCUGCCUCAGUUGGUAGAAUGUGCCACU